GCGGCGGCGGCUCCUCCAGGGCAUGGGCAGCCCUCUCCGCCCGAGCGAGCCUCCCUCUCCGCCCGCCCCCGCCGGCGGGGUGGGUGUGCGUGUGCGCGCGCUUCAAAUCAGAAAAGAGGGAGUGCAACUUUCUCUCCCUCUCGCCGAAGGAGCCAAAUGGAUCGCGGCGGCAGCAGCAGCAGCCGCAGCCGAGAAGGCAGCAGAAGGGGGGACCGCCGCCGCCGCCGCCAUCGCCAAGGGGGGGGGAUCAUGCCAGUGAGGUGUGGCUUGCAUUUAAAUAUCCAAUAUGUCAAUGUAAGGGGAGUGCUGCGUAUGUAUAUAAAGUCCACUCCGCCGCCGCCGAGCCCCGGACAGACCCAGCCGCGAUGAGAGGCAGCAGCCGGCGAGCCGUGCCGGGGGCACCACCGCCGCCGCCGCCGCCGCCCGCCUGUGCACCACGCCGGCCCGCCUGAGCCGCCCGCCCGCUCCGGGCAGCCUUCCGCCGGCCGCCGCCGCCGCCUCCUGCCGCUGCUUCGCCCCGUCGAGCCGCCCGCCGCGGGCGCCAUGGCCGAGGUGGGCGGCUUCCUGGGCUCGCUGGACCUGGACUUGCACGGCUUCUCCUCGUCCCUGGGGAGCGCGCCGCUGGCCGCCGACUCGCCGGGCUUCCUGACCGAGCGCCUGGGCCAGAUCGAGGGCCGGCUCCAGCGCGGCUCGCCCACCGACUUCGCCCACCUGAAGGGCAUCCUCCGGCGGCGGCAGCUCUACUGCCGGACGGGCUUCCACCUGGAGAUCUUCCCCAACGGCACGGUGCACGGCACCCGGCAGGAUCACAGCCGCUUCGGGAUUUUGGAGUUUAUUAGCUUGGCUGUAGGGCUGGUUAGUAUCCGUGGGGUGGAUUCCGGACUUUACCUUGGGAUGAACGAAAGAGGAGAGCUGUAUGGAUCGAAGCUCACACGGGAAUGCGUUUUCCGUGAGCAGUUUGAAGAAAACUGGUACAACACGUAUGCCUCGACCCUGUACAGGCACUCCGACUCGGAGAGACAGUAUUACGUGGCCCUGAACAAGGACGGCUCCCCUCGAGAAGGGCACCGGACUAAGAGACACCAGAAGUUCACUCAUUUUUUACCAAGGCCUGUGGACCCAACUAAGAUUCCUACGAUGUACAGAGACCUCUUCCACUACAGGUGAUGUUCUCUAUAGCUUGGACUGCCAGUGCAUACAUUUUGGGUUCCUGAGGUUUCUGUGGGAGCACGAGAUUCCAGUGGCCGUUCCAUCCUCCUUAUCCAGUCUAGAUUAAGAGGUAGAGAAGCACUUAACCAGGAAUGCCAACACGGCCCCUCCCUUGGCAUUUUCUUUCAAAAGGCGUGUAUCGAGGUCAAGUUCAUGCCUUCAGGGUGGGGACGGGGGAAAGGCCCAGAUCUCUACACGCUCAGUCAUUGAUUUCUUCAAUUGCUUUCUUUAUUUGGUGGGCUAGGAAAAGGCCAAAGCUCACACGAGAAAGGGAAAAAAAUUGAAAUGAGCACCAAUCACCAGCCACGUGCUCAAGAUGACCACAGAAAAGGAAGGCCACAGAAGUGACACACACACUGCUCCUAUGUUUGGAAAGGUUGCUUAUUAAAAGGUGGGGUGUGGGGUGGGGGACUUCAGGCCCCACCAAAUGGAGUGGCCCUUGCUACUGCUGCAUGGGUCCUGUUGCAGCGCCCCCCAGAGGACUUGCCAGGCAUUGCUAGGCCAAAACACUGACCACAUCCUCCAGCUCAUAAACUUUCACGAAUGAAAAAAGCAAUGGGACAUACCACAAUAUUCAGCUCUAACCUGACAUCUGGCAAAUCCUGGGUCCUGAGGAACGAACGGAUGUGUGGGUGGGGAGUGCAUUGCCUGCUCUUCAGAGAAGCCGGAGCAGAAGAGGAUGGGUUAGGGGACAAACAUUCUUAAGAUGUAAACAUGAUACUGUUCAUAAGGACAAAUCUAUUUAUAAACAGCAUAUGAUAUUUAUUUUAUAUAUUUAUUUAUUUCCCAAAAAAAGUAUUUUAUUUUUAAAAUGAAGAGAUAUGGCCCAACUUUCAUCAGAAAGAAUAUGGUCUUACUGAAAUGGGG